CAAUACAGAUCGAGGGAUGUCUCUGCGAGAACCACGGCUAGUGGUUCGCGCAGGGACCAUAUAAGUAUGCAGGGUCCUCUAGUAUAACCUCGCUCAGCACAACCCCCAUACAAUGGCACUUCACGGAGCUUUGUUAUGGCUAGAUAUCUUCGUGGGCCUCGUGAACUACAUGUACUUCUCAGCGACAGCGCUAUACGUCUACGACUACCUAUUAACACUCGACCGCGAAGUUCGAUAUAUUUGGGGAGUUCGACCAUCAUUCGGCACCAUCCUCUUCUACUUCUACCGAUAUCCGGCAUUGGCCAAUACGGUCCUCGAGGUGCUCACUCGGAUCGAUGCUCCCUGGCAGACUGUGAAAAGUUGCGGGAUUAUGCAACGCUUCCAAAUGGGCUUGGAUGUCAUCAUCCUCGUCAGCACUUCUAUAUUCGCGGCCCUGCGAGUCUUUGCGAUCUACAACCGUAAUCGCUGGCUUUGCGCUACCGUACUGCUCAUCGGCCUGGUCAAUCCUGGAAUUUUGAUUUACCUCUUCACCAGGUCGAUCCCGUCAUUGGGGACCGUCGACGGUUUCAGAGCUUGCACCCUGUCCUUGGCCGGAAAUGAGAGGAGCUAUGAGAAGUGCGUCUAUUCACCGAUUCGCUGGAUGAUUUUUGCCAGAGUGGCAGCGCUCAUAUCGGACGGUCUUGUUCUGGUCCUGACCGGCUUGAAGACAAGCCAGAGACGCAAGGACGUUGAUGGUGCAGAAGGCAUCCAAAGAGCACUCAAAGGUGUUCUGCUACACGACACGACAAUAUGCUUUGCGUAAGCAAAAACAACUUGUAUCGCCUCUGAAGAGCGGACACUCAUACAUAUGCCCAGGCUGCUCUGUGUCGUGAACGUGAUUGGCAUAGGGACCGGUCAUCUCAACGAGUUCCUUGAAAUCUGGAC